CGGAGAGCAUCAGUGUGAUACUGAGUGAGAGAGGGAGAGGGUGUGUGUGUCUAGUGCUCCGUAAUUCUAUUUUACACCAACCAUGGGGAGGAGAAGUCCCAGCAAGGACCAGAGUCCCAUGUCUCAGAACUACAAGAUCGUCGUGGUCGGAGGAGGAGGCGUGGGUAAAUCCGCCAUCACCAUCCAGUUUAUCCAGAGUUACUUCGCCACGGACUACGACCCCACCAUAGAAGACUCCUACACCAAACAGUGUGUUAUUGACGACGUCGUCGCCAAGCUCGACAUUCUGGAUACUGCUGGCCAAGAAGAAUUUAGUGCCAUGAGAGAGCAGUACAUGCGUUCUGGUGAAGGUUUCCUGCUAGUGUUCUCAGUCACUGAUCGCAAUAGCUUUGAUGAGCUACCUCGCUUCCACAAGCAGAUCCUUAGAGUGAAAGAUCGAGAUGAAUUUCCCAUGUUGAUGGUGGCAAACAAAGCAGAUUUGGAGCAUCAGAGAGUAAUAAGUACUGAAGAAGCCCACACAGUGGCUCGACAACUGAAGAUCCCAUACAUUGAAUGUUCAGCCAAAAGCCGCACAAAUGUGGACCAAUCCUUUUAUGAACUUGUGAGAAUAGUGCGCAAGUUCCAAGCUGCAGAACGACCUCCUGCAAAACCUGCUGCCAAGAAGAACAAAAAGAAUUGUGUUAUUGUUUGAAACUUGACUAAAUUUUGCAUUAAUAAGGAGUUUUAAAGUCAUGAUAUUGCUGAUUAAGGCAUAAACUGAAAUGUAUAAACUAUCAAAUAUGCAAAGUUGUGCCACAAGUUUCAAUGUUCAAAUAUGGAGAUUUUUUUUUUGUUUUUGUUUUACAAGGAAAAUGUUUAGUGCCUUUAAUUAUGAGUAAAAUGCAAUAAAUGAGUAUCAAGCCGGAUUAAUAGUACCAGCAAGAAACAUAAAAUAAAGAUGGUGUAUGGAUUAGUAAAAGAAAAUUUUAUUGUGAAUGCUUGUUUAGGCAGCCUGAAUUGUCACAAUUACUGGUAUGAUGGAUAAUUCGUUGAUACUUUUAAAUGUAUCCACUCGCGCACACAUCCUUACAAAGCCUGCUUCACAUGGUUGGAUGGAGAUUUUCACACUAUCACAGUUAAGUGCAUCUAAGCUAAGGUAGUGAUCUCAAGGUAUUGUCAUGCCAGUACUGAAAAACUUGUUCUGUGCAACAGCAUGCUACAACCAAUACUCAUCUCUUUGUAUCUCAAUAUAUUAUUGUUCAUAAGUUUUCCAUAGUGUGUAAUUGUGAAUAUAAGAACAGUAGUUCCAACUAUAUUGUACCUUGUAUUCAUAUAAAAUAUAUGUUAUUUUAAUUA